GGCCGCCCGCGCCGCUGCCGCCGCUUGAACUGCAUUCUCCGAGAUGCCUGCCCGCACCGCCCCGGCCCGGGUGCCCGCGCUGGCCUCCCCCGCCAUCUUACUGCCCGACGAUGUCCGCAGGCGGCUCAAAGAUUUGGAAAGAGAUAGCUUAACAGAAAAGGAAUGUGUGAAAGAGAAAUUGAAUCUCUUGCAUGAAUUUCUGCAAACAGAAAUAAAGAAUCAGUUAUGUGACUUGGAAACUAAAUUACAUAAAGAAGAAUUAUCUGAGGAGGGCUACCUGGCUAAAGUCAAAUCCCUUUUAAAUAAAGAUUUGUCCUUGGAGAACGGAGCUCAUGCUCAGGAAGUUAAUGGAUGUCUAGAAAACGGGAGCCAUACGAGUAAAGAAGAUCGCAGAAUGGCAGAGGCAAACAAACCCUCCAAGCCUGUUUCAAAACCUCGCGCGUCCCGAAGAAGCAAGUCAGAGGGAGAGACUAAGUCUGACGUUUCACCUAGCCCCAGGAUUACAAGGAAAACUACCAGGCAGACCACCAUCACAUCUCAUUUUGCAAAAGGCCCUGCCAAACGGAAACCUGAUGAAGAGCCUGAAAAAGCAAAAUCAGAAGAUUCUGUUGAUGAAGAAGACAAAGACCAGGAUGAAAAGAGACGUAGAGUUACCUCCAAAGAACCAGUUGUUAGACCUCUCCCUGCAGAAGAGCCGGAAAGAGUAAAACCAGGAACUCAUACCGAAAAGGAAGAAGAAAGAGAUGAAAAAGAAGAAAAGAGACUCAGAAGUCAAACCAAAGAACUAACACCUAAACAGAAACCUAAGGAGGAGCCAGACAGAGAAGCAGUACCAGGAACUCACACUGAAGUGGAUGAAGAAGGAGAUGAGAAAGAUGAAAAGAGGCACAGAAGUCAACCCAAAGAUCUGGCUGCCAAACGGAGACCUGAAGAAAAAGAACCUGAAAAAGUAAAACCACAAAUUUCUGAUGAAAAAGAUGAAGAUGAAAAGGAGGAGAAGAGACGCAAAACUUCAUCCAAAGAACUAAUUGAGAAAAAAGUAUCUCGAACCAAAACAAUAGUGUCCUCCAAGACUCAUCCCCCGAAGUGUGUUCAGUGCGGCCAGUACCUGGACGACCCUGACCUCAAGUAUGAACAGCACCCCCCUGAUGCAGUGGAUGAGCCACAGAUGUUGACAAAUGAGAAACUGUCCAUCUUUGAUGCGAAUGAAUCUGGCUUUGAGAGUUACGAGGCUCUUCCCCAACACAAACUGACAUACUUCAGUGUGUACUGUAAGCAUGGUCACCUGUGCCCAAUCGACACCGGCCUCAUCGAGAAGAAUGUCGAGCUCUCCUUUUCUGGCUCAGCAAAACCAAUAUACGAUGAUGAUCCUUCUCUUGAAGGUGGUGUUAAUGGCAAAAAUCUCGGCCCCAUAAAUGAAUGGUGGAUCACUGGCUUUGAUGGAGGAGAAAAGGCCCUUAUUGGCUUCAGUACCUCAUUUGCCGAAUAUAUCCUGAUGGAUCCCAGCCCAGAGUAUGCACCGAUAUUUGGGCUGAUGCAGGAGAAGAUCUACAUAAGUAAGAUAGUAGUUGAAUUUCUACAGAACAAUCCGGACCUGACCUAUGAAGACCUGAUCAAUAAGAUUGAGACGACUGUUCCUCCCUCUGGACUCAACCUGAAUCGAUUCACAGAGGAUUCUCUCCUUCGACAUGCCCAGUUUGUGGUGGAACAAGUAGAGAGUUAUGAUGAGGCUGGGGACAGUGAUGAGCAGCCCAUUUUCCUGACCCCCUGCAUGAGAGACCUGAUCAAACUGGCUGGGGUCACCCUUGGACAAAGGCGAGCUGAAAGACGGCAGACCAUCAGGCAUUCUGCCAAGGAGAAGGAUAGAGGACCCACCAAAGCCACAACCACCAAGCUGGUCUACCAGAUCUUUGACACUUUCUUUGCAGAGCAAAUUGAGAAGGAUGACAGAGAAGACAAGGAGAACGCCUUUAAACGCCGACGGUGUGGCGUCUGUGAGGUUUGUCAGCAGCCUGAAUGUGGCAAGUGUAAAGCCUGUAAGGACAUGGUGAAGUUUGGUGGUAGUGGGCGGAGCAAACAGGCUUGCCAAGAGAGGAGGUGUCCCAACAUGGCCAUGAAGGAGGCAGAUGACGAUGAAGAAGUUGAUGACAAUAUCCCAGAGAUGCCAUCACCCAAAAAAAUGCAUCAGGGGAAGAAAAAGAAACAGAACAAGAUUAGGAUCUCUUGGGUUGGAGAAGCCGUCAAGACUGAUGGGAAGAAGAGUUACUAUAAGAAGGUAUGCAUUGAUUCGGAAACCCUGGAAGUGGGGGACUGUGUCUCUGUUAUUCCAGAUGAUUCCUCAAAACCGCUGUAUUUAGCAAGAGUCACAGCCUUAUGGGAAGACAGCAGCAAUGGACAGAUGUUUCAUGCCCACUGGUUCUGUGCUGGGACAGAUACAGUCCUGGGGGCAACGUCAGACCCUCUUGAGCUGUUCCUGGUAGAUGAAUGUGAGGACAUGCAGCUUUCUUACAUUCACAGCAAAGUGAAGGUCAUUUAUAAAGCCCCGUCGGAAAACUGGGCCAUGGAGGGAGGCAUGGAUCCCGAGCCAAUGAUGACAGAGGACGAUGGGAAGACCUAUUUCUACCAGUUGUGGUAUGAUCAAGACUAUGCAAGGUUUGAGUCCCCUCCAAAAACUCAGCCAACGGAGGACAACAAGUACAAGGUCAUGGAGCAGCUCGAAGACUUGGACAGCCGGGUUCUCUACAGCUCAGCCACCAAGAAUGGCAUCCAGUACCGAGUGGGAGAUGGCGUGUACCUCCCACCUGAAGCCUUCACGUUCAACAUCAAGCUGUCCAGCCCAGUGAAACGCCCCCGGAAGGAGCCUGUGGACGAAGAUCUGUAUCCAGAACACUACCGGAAAUACUCCGACUACAUCAAAGGCAGCAACCUGGAUGCCCCUGAGCCAUACCGAAUUGGCCGGAUAAAAGAGAUCUUCUGUACCAAGAAGAGCAAUGGCAAGCCCAAUGAAACAGACAUCAAGAUCAGAGUCAACAAGUUUUACAGGCCAGAAAACACUCAUAAGUCCACCCCAGCAAGUCACCACGCGGACAUCAACCUGCUUUACUGGAGUGACGAGGAGGCCGUGGUGGACUUUAAGGCCGUGCAGGGCCGCUGCACCAUAGAGUACGGGGAGGACCUACCCGAGUGUGUCCAGGACUACUCAGCAGGAGGCCCAGACCGCUUCUACUUCCUCGAGGCCUAUAAUGCAAAAAGCAAAAACUUUGAAGAUCCUCCAAACCAUGCCCGGAGCCCCAGAAAUAAAGGGAAAGGGAAAGGAAAAGGGAAAGGCAAGGCAAAGUCUCAAGCAUCUGAGCCGAGCGAACCAGAGGCUGAAAUCAAAGUGCCUAAGCUUCGUACUCUGGAUGUGUUUUCCGGCUGUGGGGGCCUGUCAGAAGGAUUUCACCAAGCAGGCAUCUCCGAAACACUGUGGGCCAUUGAAAUGUGGGACCCUGCUGCCCAGGCGUUCCGGCUGAACAACCCUGGGUCCACAGUGUUCACAGAGGACUGUAAUGUCCUGCUGAAGCUGGUCAUGGCCGGGGAGGAGACCAACUCCCGUGGCCAGAGGCUGCCUCAGAAGGGAGAUGUAGAGAUGCUGUGUGGUGGGCCACCCUGCCAAGGGUUUAGUGGCAUGAACCGCUUCAACUCUCGCACCUACUCCAAGUUCAAAAACUCCCUAGUGGUCUCCUUCCUCAGCUUUUGUCCCUUCAUCUGGUCCCGCCUCCUCUUACCAAGUCUAGACCUCCUGGUUAAGUAGGGGUUGUACGAGGGAGCUUUACAUCACGGCCACUCCAGAAGGUCAGGUGCUGAAGGCCUCAGCCUGUCGAAGGUGCCCCGCUGACUGUGUGUGUGUUUCUGGCCCUUCCACACGCAGGCUGGCCAGUAUGGCGUGGCCCAGACACGAAGGCGGGCCAUCAUCCUGGCCGCGGCCCCCGGAGAGAAGCUCCCCCUGUUCCCAGAGCCACUGCACGUGUUCGCACCCCGGGCCUGCCAGCUGAGCGUCGUGGUGGACGACAAGAAGUUUGUCAGCAACAUAACAAGCUGUCCCGUCAAGUGGCAUCCAAGGGAAGAAUACUGCCUGUGUGACCUCGGAAGCCCUUUGACUUCUGAGCUGGAAAGGGACAUGAGUGCAUUGGUGGCUGCCCGGAUGCGACACAUCCCUUUGGCCCCGGGCUCGGACUGGCGUGACCUGCCCAACAUCGAGGUGCGGCUCUCUGAUGGCACCAUGGCCAGGAAGCUGCGGUACACCCACCACGACAGGAAGAAUGGCCGCAGCAGCUCCGGGGCCCUCCGAGGGGUCUGCUCCUGCGUGGAAGGCAAAGCCUGUGACCCAGUGGCCCGACAGUUCAACACCCUCAUCCCCUGGUGCUUGCCCCACACUGGGAACAGGCACAACCACUGGGCAGGCCUCUAUGGACGGCUCGAGUGGGAUGGCUUCUUCAGCACGACCGUCACCAACCCCGAGCCCAUGGGCAAGCAGGGCCGUGUGCUCCACCCAGAGCAGCACCGUGUGGUGAGCGUGCGGGAGUGCGCCCGCUCCCAGGGCUUCCCGGACACCUACCGGCUGUUUGGCAACAUCCUGGACAAGCACCGGCAGGUCAGUGGAGUGGAGCUGGGUCUGGCUCCCGCCUCGCUCCUGCCUUGCUUCUGCCUCACAUCCUUAUGGAGCGUCUGACUUCUAUUUCACCCAGGGAUGCCUGGGCUAAACAGAAGGGAGGCCCUUCUAGUUUUCACUAGGGUGGAGAGCAGUCCAGCAGUGGGCACGACACAGUCCCCUCUGAGGUGACGGGUGAGCGCCCAGAGCCUGUUAACUCUGAUUAUCACUUCCACACACCUCCAAGAAGGACGUCAGUAUUGGGGGCAGCUGUCCCCUGGGCUUAGAAUGCUUGUGAGUCAGCUUACAUCAUUAAGCACGUCGCUCACUGUUUACAGCUCUGAGGUGGAGAUUUGGCCCAAAGAAGUGUUCUGACACAUUACACCUUAGUGAAGGAGCAGCUAAAUGUGUGGUGGUGAAAAUUCACUGUUGCUAAGGGUUG